GCGUUCCCGCGGCGCGUCGGCUCCUCAGUAGUAAAGCGGAGUUGACUGUAGAGACUCUGAAGCGCUCAGCUCCGUUGGAAGUGGCUCCUCCGCGCUUCAGUGACAAUAACAGGCGGACAAGGGGGCGGACCGGGACCCGGCGAGGAGAGGAAACUUCACAGAAAACAAUAAAGCAGCAGCCACUUCGCUGAACCUCCAUACAACUUUUAUUAUUCAUCAUAUUUCUGAAGACGUGCAACUGUGUUUGCCGACAGACAGACGCGCAGAGGGGUUGUUAGCGGCGGCGGCGGCUCGACCGGAGCGAAGGAAUAAUAACGCACAGCAGGAAAACACCGAGAGAGAAAGGUGAGGCAAAGGAAGAACCGGGAGGACACAGUGACAAGUAAAGCAGCCACAGGUAGCCGCAGCUGCCGUGGCACGACAUAUCAAAGUGCAGGCGGGUCAUGCGGAUUUGUCGGAGCGCCGCCGCGUCGCAGCAGUAAAGAGAGAAGAAGAAGAAGAAGAAGAAGAACAGAAGAACCGCACCGCUCCUCUGCCGCUCCUCUGCCGCUCCGCCUCUCCGUCCAAGCGGGCUCUCCGGAGUCAGAGGGAGAAGAGCCAUCACCAUGUCCCGGAGAAAGCAGAGCAAACCCCGGCAGAUAAAGCGUUCCCUCGGGGAUCUCGGCGGCGACGAGGAAAACACACCCGACAACCUCAGCCUAUCGGGAGAGGAGGGAGGAGCCUCGGACCCGGAUGAUUCAGGGGAAGGGGACAGCUCCAGCCCCCCGCCAUACACAUCGCUGUACAAUGAAGGGCCCCGAACGCAGGACUCCGGAGGAGGCCCCGAUGAUGAAGACGAGGACGGGGAGGAGCCAGGUCCGACACACAGUGGCGGGGAGGAGGAAGAGGAAGGGGAGGAAGAAGAGGAGGUGUUACAAUGGAAGGGUCCAGAUGACCUGGAGUUAAGUGAAGAAGGCGGUGACAGCAGGGUGGUGGCUAGCAGGGACCUCCAUCCAGACACGACGUGGGGCCCCUACGCAGGAAUCCUCCAAUCAGAGGGCAGCACAGAUGAUCAGGAGACAGAGAACUCAAGGUUGGCUCUGGUGUGUGAAGAUCCAAACUGUUGGAUGACUCUGCUCCCUCUGACCUCAGAUGUCUCAGCUGCCAACUGUACCGUCUACAGCCGAGGUGCGGAGUUGUUCUGUAAGGUGAUCAGAGAGCUUGCAGCUGGUGAAAGGCUCCUGGCUUCCCUGUCCCAUCGGGGCUCCUCCUCCUCCUCCCCGCUGACCCAGCUCUCUCCUCCGCUCAGCCUCGUCACCGUGAAACAAUCUGUGGUGAAGGAGGAGGAGUCGAUGUACCCGCCGGCGCUGCGCUCAGAAAUCCAGCUCCUCCCACAGCAAGCUGGCAUGGCCGCCAUCUUGGCUACUGCCGUUGUCAAUAAGGACAUUUUCCCAUGCAAGGACUGUGGAAUCUGGUACCGCAGUGAGAGGAACCUGCAGGCCCACCUUAUGUACUACUGCGCCAGCCGUCAGAAGCAGCCGGCCGCGGCCUCGUCUCCGCCGCAAGACAAACCCAAGGAUUCCUACCCCAAUGAACGCAUCUGCCCUUUUCCACAGUGCAACAAGAGCUGCCCCAGUGCCAGCUCACUGGAGAUCCACAUGCGCACACACAGUGGUGAGCGUCCAUUUGUCUGUCUCAUCUGUCUGUCGGCCUUCACCACUAAAGCAAACUGUGAGCGCCACCUUAAGGUCCACACGGACACACUGAACGGGGUGUGUCACGGCUGUGGCUUCGUCUCCAUCACGAGGGACAUCCUCUACAGCCAUCUGGUCACCAGCCACAUGGUUUGCCAGCCUGGAUCUCGCAGUGAGGUGUACUCUCCAGGGCCAGGCCUUCCCAAGCUGCCCCUGUCCACUGGUCUCAGUCCAGGAGACUCUGGUGUGGUGCUGAAGUGUCAAGUGUGUGGCUUCAACUCUGAAUCCCCUGCCCAGCUUCAGCAGCACGUACGAACCCACCUAGAGGUUCGGGUCCCGGCCGAAAGGAGCCCCACCCCUCGCCAAAGUACCCCAUCAUCAGUUGACCACUCCCAGCACCAGCCGUCUCCCCAGGAGAGGGAGCCUUUAGCCUGUGUCCCUACGCCGGACUCGUCCAGCCCUGGUGCAAAUGGUGGCUCGGCCACGCCUCGAGGCUACAGUCCUCCUGAUGCCCCAACCGCUGACCUAAAGAUCAAAGAGGAGCCUCAUUCAGAAUCAGAGACAGAAGAGCAGCAAAUGGAGAUUAAGGAGGAUGGAGAGGAAGAGGAGCUUGGUGAAGAGGAGGGACAAGAAGCAAGAAUGGACACGAAGGAGAGGCAAAUCGCCACAUCCUCUUUCCCGACAUCAACCUCUCCGAAGAGUCCAGUCAAGACUGUGAAGGCAGAACCGACUAGUCCCACCCCUGGUUCUAGCCCUGCACAUGUGGGAGGCACUGGGUCAGUUCUUCCUGGAGGAGCAAUGUUCUUGCCUCAGUACAUGUUUAAUCCCGAGGCAGCCAUCUUGCCUCAGGCCUCGGAGAUACUGGCUAAAAUGUCCGAGAUGGUCCACAGCCGUCUGAAACAGGGCCAGCCAGUUCCUCAGAACAACCCAGCGGCCUUCUUCCCCUCUGGACCGAAUGCAUCUACAGCCGCAGCCACUCCACCUCACAAAGGAGCCACCUGCUUCGAGUGUGAUAUCACCUUCAACAACAUCAACAACUUCUAUGCACAUAAGAGGCUGUACUGCUCCAGCAGGCACCACGGAGAGGGAGCGACCUCGGCUUCGGACCCGGGAUCGACGAGGGAUGCAGCCCCGGCCACGAUGCCUUCUAGUGGGGCACACGGCUCGUCCACAUCUCCUCAGGGCGGAGCAGCGAGUAGAGCAGCCUCUGCUUCUCCUACUGACUCUGACCCUCCUGCAGCGAGUGGAGCAACAGAACCCAAGAGGGUGUUGGAAGUGAAGACAGAAACCCCUGUGGGGAGAGAGGGUAUAUCAUCAUCUUCUGAAGGGGAAGGCGGAGGGGGGAGUGUAGGAGGAGGAGGUGGCGGAAGAGCAAGUGAAGGCAGCCAGAGUCCUGCUAGUGUUUCGGCAGAGGACCAAGAAGAAGAUCCCAAUACAACCUUCUGCCAGGCCUGCAACAUCCGCUUCAGUCGUCAUGAAAACUACACGGUCCAUAAACGCUUCUACUGCGCAUCACGCCAUGAUCCAACCAACCACCGAUCUGUACACAUGGCCAAGGCAACCACAGCAGCAGCCUUCCUUCCUCAGCCCAUUCGCAAACGCAAGAGGAAGAAGAUGUACGAGAUUCACAUGGCCAGAACUGAAGCCUUAGCCAACGCUGCCGCUGCUGCUGCUGCCGCCGCGGCCGCCUCUGCUGCUGCCUCCGCACCAUCUCCCUCUAUUCUGGGCUUGGUCGUGAAGCAAGAAGUUUCCCCCGGCGGGGCGGGCAGCUCCAGCCCCGAAGGAGAUGGCCCGAUUGACCUCAGCAAGAGGCCCCGUCUGAGAGAGGCUCCUCGGCACGGCAGUAGCAGUAUCCUCCCUGCCCUGCCUCUUACCGACUACCACAAGUGCACCGCCUGCAGUAUCAGCUUCAACAGCAUUGAGAACUACCUGGCUCAUAAAACCUACUAUUGCCCCGCCACCACCCUCCAGCCCCACACCUUGGAGCAACUUCAUAGGCUCAAGAGUUCGGCCUCUACCUCUCCCAAAAGCAGGCCUCAGCAGGAGCGUCCGGAUCUUCUGCACCCUAUGGAGGCUAAAGCUCUGCCUGGUGAGUGGGUCGCCCAGGCUCAAGGCACAUCAUCCAGUCCUCACCCCUCAGCCUUACCGGCCUCUGACGCCACAUCUCCUCCCCAUGCGACCACCACACUCGCAGCCAUCCCAGGAGCAGGAGCCAAAGGCGUAGGCGCCGGUUCCUCUCAGGCGAUCUGCCCGUACUGCCCCAACAGGCUCAUCACCUGUGAUCUGAUGGAGCACUUCAAGACUACCCACGGCCUGGUUGUUACCAUUCAGCCACCCCAGCCAGCCGGCGCAGUCAGCCGCAGCCCCAGCCUUAGUCCCAGGGAUGGAGCUGCUCCAACCACCUCCACCACCCCAACCAGCCAGCCCAGACUGCUCUCACGAGUUCACAGAGACAGCAUCAACGGGCAGGCAAGGAGCGGUACAACUUCUCCCGUCUCCCCGCUGGUGAACGGCAGCCCUUCAGCCGGCGGCGGAUCGCCUUCGGCCGGUUCACCUCUGCCCAUGUCUCCCCCAAGGGCUCCUUCUCUGACUUUGUCACCUGUGCCUGAGGUCCCGAGGGAGACGGUUGGGUCAUCCCACCUUCUAGACAAGGCCGUCCCCGCCAUGGCCUCCCAUCCCACCCCCACACCCCAGCCUACCCCCAUCACCGGCCCCAAAACCACAGUGAUCUCCCCCGUCCUGAACGGUAACUCCCGCUUCUGUCGACUCUGCAACAUCAAGUUCAGCAGCCUCUCCACGUUCAUAGCUCAUAAGAAAUACUACUGCUCUUCCCACAGUGCCGAACAUGUCAAGUGAGCUGAGUAAUUUCUCUUCUUCCUCUUCCCCCUUCCUUUAUCUUUCUGAGUGGAGGUUUUCCUUCACUAAGGUUCCAGAGAAGCUCAGUUUGUCCCUCCUCCUCCUCCAGUCCUCCCACAUGGAUGCCAAAACGGCGCUCAGCUGGCAUGACCAUGAAUGACAAUGAAUGACUGUUACUCACCUGGCGGGGCCUGAUGCCCAACUGCUCCAGAGCAGAAUUUGCAGGUGGUGUUACUAACAUACCAUGAACUGAUAUUUCUCCUCCGAUGGGUCAAAGUUUGUAGUACACUAAGAGCUGAGACAGAUGCUACCUGCACACACUGGUGUGCCCUCGUCCCCUAGAUCACUCUCUGUCUUUGUACCCCCAGUCACCAAUUCAAAAUCGACCACUCCCAGGCCUCACAGUAUGUUGCAUUAAGGGACGUUAAAAAUAUUUAUGUCAACAGCCUGUUUUCUGUCUCUCUGUUUGACUGUCAGUAAUUGGAUUCUGACUGUUGGAGGCAUUUUUCUGACUGAUGAUGAUACAGUAAUGACGAUGCUGAUUAUGAUGAAUCUCCAGUCUUUUCCUGAGCUCUUAAUGUUCCAGACCUAAACAGAGGAAUCGUUUUUCUCUCGUGUGGAAAAGACUUGAUCAUUGUUAAUGUUUUUAUUAUCUGUGCAUAGUGUAUGAUGUCUGAAAAAAAAAUAAUUCUAUAAUGCUUUUGGUUUCAACACUGGCUCUUUUUUGCUUACCUAGAGAAGCUAAAGCGAUUUAGCUGAAAAACAAAUAUGUGGUAUCACAAUGUUACUAAUUACUGAAGGAUAAUAUUUCAAAAAUGGACAGUUUUUAUUUCGUUUCUUUCAUACACACACAAAUUUUUAUUUUCUCUUUAAAAUGCAAGGGAGAAAAAAAAAAGUGAAAUAUUUAUCUUUUAGUCUUCACUGAUUUCAUGUCAACAGAAAACUACCUACCUGGUGUCUGAGAGUACUUGUAUUUUUUAUUUGUAUAUUUUUCAUACUGUUGGAAGGAACUGUUUGGAUCUGGGUAUGUUGAAGUGCAUUUUCUAAGUGUAGAUAUGUAAUAUCUUCUCACAGUAAUCACUGGGAUCACACUGAACUUUGUUAUCACGUUAGCAUUUGGUGUUCUGUUUAUGUAGUCCAGCGCUGUUUUAUUUUUACCCCUUCUUGUACGAUUAGAUCAGAACAGCUUCCUCACUUACAGCUUUUCACAAGAGAAAGUUGAACGGAGCGCUACUGAUACUGUUGUGUUUAUAUUUUGGUGAGAAUGAUGUAGCCUCCCAGAUUUUUAGGGUAUACAAAAAUCCAAAUUUUGAAUCAAAAGUCUAUCUUUAGUUACCAGCCUCCAUAUACCAUGCAAAGUAGGACCAUUACAGACACUCAGCUUUAAAUUAUUUGUUGCACAAUUCCAUUUCACACAUAUACUAUAGGGAUACACAAAACACACAAAAAAAAUGCUUCGUUCUAUAAUGCACAUCUUAAAAUAUGUUAUUUUUUUCUUUUAAAUUAUUGUGUUUCAGUCCGGCAAUGAAGGCAUAGCAGGGAAUAGUCACGUCUUGGCACAGCGCCUCACACAGUAGAGUAACCACUUACUGUGGUCCAUGGUGUGUGUGUGUGUGUGUGUGUGAGAGAGAGAGAGAGAGAGAGACUGCUUUUCCUCUCACUUUAUUGCUCAGCCACUCAUGCACACAUACUCACACACAAUUUACGCCUUGUUCCCAUGCUGCAGUUGCAGUUGCAAUACAGUGUUAGUUGGAACUGUGAAAUAUUCAGAUAUUGAUGCAAACUUACAAAUGUAAGGGUCAUCUUAAGUUUUUUUAAGGCCCAGACUUCAUUUUUAAUUGAAGCAACCAAUAGCCAAUAUUGCAUUCAGACUCUGAAUUUGUGACAAAUUUGGUUGUUUUUUCUCCCCCAAAAUUCUAAAGAAUAAACAUUUCCCUCAGGAUUUUUACUCUUGUCAAUGUAAAAGAGCCUCUAAAACAGCAUUUGGACCUUUAUGAUACACUAAAACUACAGAGCUAGGAAAUAGUACUAGGUGAUAGCAGCUUCAUUGGAAGUUCUGGGGCCAAUCCUCCCAUACUGACAGGACCAGGGGAGCACAUAAACCAGCUAUUAGACAUUUUUGCUAGAAUGUCCGUCAAACUGUAAAUGUACUAACACAGGACAGAUCUGGACCUGUGUUGGCUACUACUGACCUGCUUAUUCAGUAGUACACAUCCGCCUAAUCAAAAGUCUUCACUCUCUUGUCAGUGGUUGGGAGAAAUAUUGUCACACCUGUUAACAUUUUGUUUUUUGUGGUCACUCACUAAGGGACAACAGAACAAGCUGUAAACACAAAAUUGAAAUAUUCUCACCAUAUAAAGUUGUUCUGGCGAAUGUGGCAAUGUUAGUUCCUCAUUAUUUGAUUAAUGUUCUCCCCCAUCUGUCCGUUCCCAAAACCGGUAACCACAUGUCAAAGUGUAGGAUGUUUUUAACAUAAUUCAAAAUUGCUGGUUGGUUUCCUGCUCUCUUGUGGUUUGGAGCAGCACUGUACCGGACACAUCUUACUACUAAGUGUUUACAAUUGUGCUGGUCUAUCUCUCUCAGUUCAAAAAAGGAGAGAGAAAAAGCAGAAGAAAGUCACAGAGUCAGCAGCUCGUCACAAAUUGAGUAACCGAGUGCUGGAAAAAUCAUUCUUUGAACUUAACCCCUUUUAAUUGCACUGUGUUGUAUAAAAAAUGUGCUGAAUGUUUAAGUUUUAGGGACUUUUUUUGUAAUGUAUUUAUGUUAUAUACAGAACUUUUCCCCGUCCAAAGUGCGUCAUCUUGAAGGACUUUUCUGAAAGAUUUUAGCCCUCGCCUAAAACCUUUUUUUUUGUAGUUGUAAACAUGUUUUGUUAAUGAUUCCUCUGAUGUCCAUAAUGGAGAAAAUCACAAUGAAUGUCAAAACUUUUUAUUUCCAUAUUUUUCAUUUCAUUUCAGUUCCAUUACACUCUUGUCCAAACUAUGCAUGGGAAAUAAAAAAAAGUUCUGAGAGACACUGAUGGAGAA